AUGGAUCCCAGCUGGAAUGUCAAAAACAAAGAUACACUAAAGAAAAAGGAAUUUUGGUACCAAGAUGCGUAUUCGGAAGUCACUAGGAAACUCCUGGUAGAGCGAAAUUAUUUUUUGGCCAAGAAUAUUAUAUUUUUCAUAGGCGAUGGUAUGAGCGUGCCCACGGUUACGGCUGGACGCAUCUAUGAAGGUCAGCUUAAAGGCAUUAUAGGUGAACGCAAUCGUCUGGAGUUUGAGAAAUUUGAGCAUGUGGGAUUGUCUAAGACAUACUGCGCGGACAGACAAGUAGCAGAUUCGGCGUGCACGGCGUCUGCUUAUUUAUGUGGCGCAAAGGCAAACUACAGGACUAUUGGUGUUUCGGCGGAUGUGAAGCUGGAUGACUGUGCUGCUGCAAAAAAGCCAAGCAAUCAAUUGUCGUCCAUAGCGGAGUGGGCCCUGCGCGCACAUAAGUCCGCUGGACUUGUUACAACGACACGUGUCACCCACGCUUCUCCUUCUGGUCUGUAUGCGCACACCUCAAAUCGGGACUUUGAAAGCGAUUUCGAUGUAAAGGAUUUGGGUCAAAAUCCUGCCAACUGCCCAGAUAUUGCUGAUCAAUUAGUUACUGGCGAGGUGGUCACAGACAAAUAUGGCAAGAAAGGCCAACGCUUGGAUGGACGAAAUCUAAUCGAUGAGUGGAAGAAAAACAAACGUGGUAGAGUCCAUACAGUAUUCGACCGCACUGAGCUUUCUAAGAUCAAUCCGAGCCGUACAGACUAUUUGCUUGGUUUGUUCAAUUCUUCGCACUUGGCCUAUAAUUUAGAUGAUAGCAUAGACACACCAAGUCUUUCGGAAAUGACUGCGGCGGCCAUUAAAGUAUUGUCCAACGAUCCUGCGGGUUACUUUUUGUUUGUAGAAGGCGGACGCAUUGAUCAUGCUCAUCACGAGACAAAAGCUAAAAAAGCAUUGGAUGAAACUGCACAAUUUUCAGCAGCUGUUAAGAGAGCGCUCCAAAUGACAAAUCCCUGGGAAACUCUUAUUGUAGUCAGUGCGGAUCAUGGUCAUACAAUGACUAUAAAUGGCUACCCUGAUAUAAACAAUAGCAUAACUGGCCUUAACUCUGAAUUGAGUGAUAAGGAUAAUAAACCCUUUGCAACAUUAUCUUAUGCUAAUGGCGCGGAUUUCGAAAAGUUUUUUACAACAAAUGCUGAUGGAAAAGUAGAGCGUGUUGAUCUCACAAAUGCUAAUAUAGGCCAUAAGGAUACAAUCUAUCCACAUGGCGUUCCCAUGGCUGAAGAAACUCAUGGCGGCGGCGAUGUUGCUGUUUAUGCUAAUGGUCCGUGGGCACAUUUAUUCACUGGCGUUUAUGAGCAAAGCACUUUGCCCCAUCUAAUGGCAUAUGCCUCAUGCAUUGGGCCUGGCACAACUUAUUGUAGUCUACGCCCCAGGAACCCUUAUCUGCACUAG